CGCGGGAAACUUGCGUCCGGUGUUGCGCUAGCUGCGACGGCUGUUAUGGCGGGCUUGGGGAGUCUGAUCCUACGGCCCUGGAUUCGAGAGCUGGUAUUGGGGUUAGAGGCACUGUCUGGUCCGCGGGCUGGGCAACUGCUCGAGGUACUACAGGAGGCUGAGGCCCCGGGUCCGUCCCGCGCCCCUGACGCGUUGUUUGUUGGGGCUGCGCUGCUUGUGUCCGAUGGGACCCACAGUAUCCGAUGCCUGUUGACGCGAAAGGCCCUGAACACCUCGGACUGGUGAGAAAAGGAGUUCGGUUUCCGCGGGACUGAGGGCCGGCUGCUGCUACUGCAAGACUGCGGGGUCCGCGUUCAGGUCUCCGAGCGCGGCGCGCCUGCGGAGUUCUACCUCCAGGUGGAACGCUUCAGCCUGCUGCCCACGGAGCAGCCCCUGAUACGGGUGGCUGGUUGCAACCAGGACCCGGAGGUGCAGAAAAAGCUCUGUGACUGCCUUGAGGAACACCUGUCAGAGUCCACCUCCCCCAACCCAGGCCUGACACUGUCCCAGCUUCUGGAUGAGGUGCAGGAGGACCAGGAGCAUCGAGGGGCGCUGGUGCGCUUGGCUGAGAGCUGCCUGAUGCUGGCAGGCCCUCAAACAGCAGCCCCCCUCACCCGCUGGGCCGCCUCACGCCGCAGGGCCACGGGAGAAGCUGUGUACACUGUCCCCAGUCUGUGGCUGUGCAUCUCUCAGGAUGACCAGCAAAUCCUGAGCUCUCUGGGUCCAGGUCAGAGGGCACAGGGCCCUAAGCUGCCCCCACCAGACCCGGCUCUGCAGGACCUAUCUCUGACCCUGACUUCCUCUCCUUCCUCCUCUCCCAGUUCCUCAGGAACUCCUCCGGAACUCCCCAGCCACGUGCGGUCAGAGGAAAGCAGUGCCAGCAUCAGCCUUUUGCCUGCCCUGUCCUUGGCUGCUCCAGACCCAGUGCAGAGGGACAACUCCCAAGCCCUACCAGCCAUCUGCUCAACCCCUGGUCCCUUUCCCUUCUGCCCCCCACACCUCAGCUCCUUAUACCCCAGUGGUGUAUCCAACUCCCCACUCCUGAGCUGCACUCCCAGUCUCUUGCCCCUUGGCCGUGUCCCCAGUCCACACAAGGCCCGUGUGACCAGGGCUCAGAAACCUAGUUUGGAAUUCAAGGAGCUAGGGUUGUCCCACCAGAAUCAGCAGCCCUCUCCAAGGACCAAUGCUACCAAGGAAGCCCUGGAUCCCAGCCCUGUCUGGGAUCCACCAAAGAGGCAUCGUGAUGGUUCUGCCUUCCAAUACGAGUACGAGCCACCCUGCACUUCCCUCUGUGCCCGGGUCCAAGCUGCCAGACUCCCUCCUGAGCUUGUGGCCUGGGCCUUGCGCUUUCUAAUGGAGCCACCACCAGAGUCUGAACUAACAGGUGUGAGGCCCAUGUGAGCAUGUGGGAGUAUGUGUGCACAUAAGGUCAUGCCUGUGGGU